AUGAGAAAGUUAAUCGACGCUAAUCCCGAAAGCGUUUGCUUAAUUCAGGUUGGUAGUUUUUACGAAUUGUAUUUCGAACAAGCUUUGACCUUUGGUCCCAAACUUAAUCUAAAAGUCGCCACUAGAAAGACAUCAUCUUACGCGGUUCCUAUGGCGGGAUUUCCAACUUUCAAUCUACAAAGAUUCGUUAAAACCUUAGUUCAGGAUUUAGAAGUCAACGUGGCCAUUAUCGAUCAAUAUCCCAAUAUCAAUAACGAAUCAAGCUCAAAUAUUAUUCAUCGGAAAAUCUCCCGUAUCAUUUCGCCCGGAACUUUGGUUGAUGAAAGCUUCUUGAACUACAACCAAAACAACUAUUUGGCUGCAAUAUAUUUACCGGCAAACUGUACUAAAGUUCCAGCUGAUCCUGAUUUACCGGUUGGAAUCUCCUGGAUCGAUAUUUCUGUUGGUGAAUUUUACGUUCAACAAACUACUUUAUCUGAAGUGAUGACUGAUAUAUCUCGUAUUAACCCCAGCGAAAUUGUCUUGUCAAAAGAUUUCCAACAAGAUGGUUUGAUAAUGGGUAAAUGGUGUCCUGAUUUACAAGAAUUGAAAAAAUACAUCUUGAGGUACCAUAAAACAGCCUAUAAAGACUAUAAACUUCGAUUUAAAUCUUCCAUUCAAGCUACCAGAAAAUACUUGGAAAAUCUUUCGCAAAGAGAAGAAGCCGCAAUGAACAUGAUCUUAUCUUAUAUAAACGUUAACUUACCAGAAAGUACUCCGUCAAUAGACGUUCCUGUUCAAUAUUGGAAUGAGAAGUGCUUACAAAUGGAUCCAAGAACUCGUGAAGCUUUAGAGCUUACUGAAAGACAGACUAGUGGCUCUAGUUCAGUGGUUGGCUCGCUUCUUACCACUAUUAAACGUACAGUAACUCCUUCGGGAACGCGUUUACUUACCCAAUGGAUAAAGUCACCUAUUCUAGACGUCGAGGAACUACGUAGAAGACAAGCCUUCGUGACUUUAUUUAAGGAUAAUACUUACAUUCGUUUGCAUUUGAGAAAUCAACUCUCAAAAAUAGGAGAUUUUAUACGAUCAAUUCAACAUUUGUCCUUUGGAACUGGUCAUUCAGUUAAUCAACUACAUAGCAUUGCCGAAAGUUUGGUCAAACUAAAGGAAAUUGAAGAUUUCUUGCAAUAUGAAAUGCAGAAUUUAAAUUCGAAAGAGUUGAAUUGCUUCUUGAAAGAUUUCAAAAUCCCAAUAGAAAUUGCCCACGAAAUUCAAAAUACUCUUCAUAUAGAAUACGAAGAACUCGAUCCAGUUGCUGAUUUGAAUGAAAAUGAACCAGAUCUAGGAACAUUAGAAAAAAGUCAAGACUUCCCAGAUAGUGGCUCAUAUAGUAAUAAUGGUAUUGAAAGAUAUAAAAUAGCCCCUAAAACUCCUGAAUCAAAUGAACCAAGUUUCCUUUUUGCAAUAAAGCGAGACCAUACAGAUGAACUCAGUAAACUUCACGAUGAAUUUGACUCGCUCAAAUUGCAAGAGAAAAUACUCAUUGAAGGUUUACAAGAUCAAAUAUACAACGAAAUUGACCCCAAGGUCAAUAUUGUUAAAAAAUCUCAACACGGAAAGUUUGCUAAUGUCAUCCAUAUUUCAGGUAAGAAGUCCCUGAUUGACUUAAUAAACACCAUGCUCGAAGAUGAUAUCAGGGAGAAACGAAAGGCUUCAGUAAUAUAUUCUCCAAGAAAUUGGACCGACUUACAGUGGUCGCUCGUAAGUAAAACCGAACAAAUCAACAGAAUUGAAACAGAAAUAAUUAUCGAUCUCCGUAAUAAAGUAUUAGACAAAGUCACUGAUAUUCGAAAGGCUAGCAAAAUGGUUGACUUUUUAGAUAUCACUUCUUCUUUCGCAGUAUUGGCUCACGAAUAUAAUCUUGUCUGUCCCCGUCUAGUGAAAACACCUCAAAUAAAGAUCUCUGAUGGUAGACAUAUAGUUGUUGAAGCUGGUUUGAAAUCUGCUGGUCAAAUGUUCACACCAAAUGACAUCAACAUCGGAAAUGAUGGAAAAUUAUGGGUAAUCUCAGGGCCUAACAUGGGUGGUAAAAGUACUUAUUUAAGACAAAACGCUUUGAUUGUAAUACUAGCUCAAAUUGGAUCUUUUGUUCCUGCUCAAAAAGCAAGUCUCGGGAUUGUCGACAAGAUAUUUACCAGGAUAGGUGCUUCUGAUGACCUUUUCAGUGAUUUAAGUACCUUCAUGGUGGAAAUGGUUGAAACCAGUAAUAUCUUGAAAAAUGCAACAUCUCGGUCAUUGGCAAUUGUCGACGAGGUGGGUCGUGGUACCAGUGGUAAAGAAGGGUUGUCGAUUGCAUACGCAACACUUGUUCACUUACUAACUGUGAAUAAAUGUCGUUCAUUAUUUGCAACUCAUUUUGGAAAAGAACUCGAGAACCUUCUAUCAAUUGAUACAAUGAAUCAAGAUAAAAUAAGAUAUUACCGUACUAGGGUCAUAAAAACCCCCAAAAAAGAUGACUCUAUGGACUUCAUCAUCGAUCACAAACUAGAACCGGGUAUCAGUGAAAGAUCUUAUGCUUUUGAAGUAGCAAAGCUUGCUGGUUUUCCCUCACAUGCCCUAAAAGAUGCUAGCCGAGCACUAUGUUUAUUGAAUGAGUAG